AUGGAACCCGAAUCACUUCAGCCCAACCAGGUCCAGCUCUGGUCCUCACACCGCCCUAACUUAGAAGUUGGUGACUACACAUUCACUGCAACAGAAACCAUCCAGCCUACUUCGAAUUUGAACGACUUGAGACAACUCUCUAAACUCACGCAAAGUCUUUCUGUGCCGGGACCAAAGUUCAAACUUCUGCAUUCAUCAGACAUCCACAGCGUAUAUCCAGUUGCUGGGAGUAUUGAAACAGGCGCCAUAUUACCGCAUGUGACCCUUAAACACUCUACACUGGCGUGGGAGCGACAGGUAGUGUUUCCUGGCGACUAUGCGCCAGACAGCAGCAGCAAAGUCCCGUGGCUUGCCGUCCUGUCUUUCACUGAAGACGAGCUCAUUUUAAGUGAAAGUGCUGCUACUACCCUCGGCUUCCCUUCAGGUACAGUACCAUCGAGAUAUGGAGCUGUUGCUACCACGGCAAGCCAACUCAAACUCCUCAAUAACAGCAUCGCAUCGCCUCUUUGGUCGUCUAACUUUGGUGAUGAUUACGCGGACACCGAUCCAGUGGAUGCCCUAUGCAUACGGCCUACCUUGUUCAAAGAGCUUUUCCAACCAGUCGCUGGUGGAAAGGCAUGUAACGAUAUCGUACCGUAUCAGUUCAUGGCACAUGUGCGCCAUUCUCAUAGCAGUAGUGAUAUAAUCAGUAUCGUCAUUAGCCCUCGCAGUGGACCAACUGAACUCAUCAAACCUGCUCGGAUGGUCUCGCAUCUCAUCUCAUUGGAGGGAAUACCUCGGCUUGACGUCUCUAGCAGUGCUUCUUCUGUGGCCCUGGUGUCCCUGUAUAGCUGGGACUGGAUGUGCACGCCCCCAGCGGGUCCUACUACUCCGAAGGAUAUUCUCAACGCCCUUGGUAAGACUGUUCAGCCCCUCUGCGUCCCAAAAACAAUUUUAUCUUCUAUUGUUACCUCAACUAUCUCUUCUUCCUGGCUACACGACCGACUUGAAGCCGGGUACACUAUAAAACCUUAUCAAGAUGCUAGUGGUCAGAAGGCGACUUGCAUUCUUCGUGGGCCAUUAAUACCUGCGCCUGAAAAGCCUGAUCCAUCCUUUGGGAGUUGCUGUUCGGACAACGGCAAGGACCUUUUGAGAUUUGAUUCUGCGACUGGAUUGCCUGAUAUCACCAUGCAGUCCGCUUGGACACUAGGUCGAGCAAUGGCUCUUGGCGACAAGUCAUUCUUGACCAGCUUGAUGCGACUUCGAGGCAAGAUCCGGGCUGAAGCAGUCCGCGCAGCAAAGGCAGCUUCGCGGGAUGCAAGUGGUACCGGUAGCUGGACAAGCAAAGACGUAUUGGCGAACCUAGCUACUACCCUGGCCAGUAUCGCCAAAGCGCACUCUGACAGCGCUCACAGUGCCGUCACUGGUCCAGUGCGCUGGACCAAUCAGCAGGCGAGUUCGCAGCCACAACAGCGGCAACAAAUUGUCAGUUUUGCUCAUUUCGAUCAAGCUACGUAUCUCAAGCAGCUCGGGCUCUGGAACGUUGUGGAAGAUUUGUUUGCAGCUACUACCCUUAACGCAGACGCCUCAGUCGUUCAGUCAUGGAUACUGGAGAAACUCCUCCUUGGAGGCAUUCCUCCGUCGUAUCUGGUCAUGACGCCGGAUCAGUUUCCCCAAGAGAGUAUUCGUACUUUCAGUAUUGACUCAACUUGGGUCGCUCUUAUGAUCGACGGAGCACUUAGUCUAGCAAACCAUCAUUCUCGUGAUGGCGAUGACGAUGUGAUACGGAAAUACAUCAAACAUGCAAUCAACAAGUGGCUUACACAACCACUUCCCGAUGAACAUGUCAUUCAACAGCCACCACGAUGGGGAGUACUCCUUCGAAGUAGUCUGGUGUCUUCUUUUCCAGAUUUGAAGGUCGUAGGGUCCAGCACGGCAUACUACGACCCAAGUACGAGCAAGCCCUUUUUACUAAGGAGGGUAGCCCCGGAUAUCAUGCUAUGCCUCUCCGACUUUCGACCGGGCGACUCCGAUUUUACGUAUCUAUGUAUAUCCCUCCCGAUUCACCGACAGACGUAUCAGCUAGGCGAAACAUUUACAGCGUAG